UGCUAAGUUGCUAACUUCUCGCAUCUUCUAUAAAUGUGACAGAACUAAAAACAAAAACAAAAAAAAAAGAGUAAAAAGGAAGAAGAUUCGCGAUCGGACGGCGAACUCUCGAUCCACCGUCGGAUCUCACCAUGUCACUCUCGCGGCUACACAAAUUCAAGCUCUUCGCCGCGCAUCGUAGCUUGGAGGCAUCCGCCGCCGGGAACCCCACGAUGAGUCCGACGAAGAGCCCUGUAUUUGAUCUCCGGCGACGCAAAACCCUGCGGAUGUUGUUCGAAAAGAGCUCCGAAGGUCGCAGGCGUAAUCUCCGACAGAUCCUUGAGGAUUCACCGGAAUCUGAUGGAAAUUCCGGGAAGAAUAAAAGGGGCAACCGCCGUGCUAGGCGUAAAUUGAAAGAGCUUUUGGUCACAUCGCCGUCUCCGCCGCUCAAUGGUGGAGAAGAGAUAGAGAGAGGAGGAGGUGGAGAAGAGAGGAGGGAGAAUAUGUCGCCGGUCGGUGGUGAGGGGAGAGAGUUAACGGGUCGAAGAUUGGGUUCGUCCGGUUCGGUUCAAUCAUUUCGGUUUAGGAUUUUGAGAAAACCGUGGCGACCAGUCCUGCUUACUAUUCCUGAACAAUAAUUAAGAAAAAAAAAAAAUCAUUUUGUUCUCUAAAAUUUGUCUCCUUUUUUAUUUUGCUUUUCCUUAUAUAAAACAUAGUACUGUAUACUAAAAAAAGAAAAAAUGUUGAUGAGAUCUUCUAGUUAUAAAAUGUGAUUUAUAAUUUCCAUGGCUUUGUUA